AUGAAUCUACUCAAGACUGGCACUGAGAGAAACAGCACUGCAUCAUCCUGGCUUGUGAAAUUCAGUAUUCUUUGGCUUCUUAGUCACAACUGUUGCAGAGCCAGCGCUGUUUGGACUGCUUACAUGAACAUAUCAUUUCAUGUUGGGAAUCGCAUGCUCUCAGAGUUGGGGGAAACCGGAGUAUUUGGAAGAAGCUCCAUUUUGAAGAGAGUGGCAGGAGUUAUUGUGCUGCCAGAUGGAAAAAUGCACACUGCGUGUAAUCCCAGUACCAGUUUCAGCAGGGCAAAGAUCUCAGAGCCGUGGCUCGCACUUAUCGAGCGUGGAAGUUGUCCCUUCACACAGAAGAUUAAGGUGGCCGUUGAGAAGGGAGCCAGUGGGGUGAUCAUCUAUAACUUUCCAGGAACUGGCAAUCAGGUUUUUCCCAUGUCGCAUCAGGCAUUUGAAGAUGUCGUCGUGGUGAUGAUUGGUAACCUAAAAGGCAUGGAGAUUUUGCAUUUAAUUCAGAAGGGAGUUCACGUGACAGCGAUGAUUGAGGUGGGGAGAAAACACAUCAUCUGGAUGAAUCAUUAUUUUGUCUCUUUUUUGAUCAUCACGACUGCUACUUUAGUGUAUUUCAUCUUUUAUCAUAUUCGAAGACUUUGGGUAGCAAGGAUUCAGAGCAGGAGAUGGCAGCGAUUAGCAACAGACCUUAAGAUAGCAUUUAGCCAGCUCCAACUUCGGGUUCUGAAAGAGGGGGAUGAGGAAGUAAGUCCAAACGGAGAUAGUUGUGUAGUUUGCUUCGAACUCUAUAAGCCUAAUGAUACAAUUCGUAUUCUGACUUGUAAACAUUUUUUCCACAAGAGUUGCAUUGAUCCUUGGAUUCUGUCCCAUGGGACGUGCCCCAUGUGCAAAUGUGACGUUCUUAAGGCUUUGGGGAUUCAAGUGGAUGUCGAAAAUGGAACAGAAUCUUUGCAAGUUCUGAUGUCAAACGAAUUGCCUGGUAUGCUGUCACCUACUGAAGGGGGGACAAGUAAUGAACCUCCUCCUCCAAGGAGGUCAGAUAAAGUGACCUACAUGGAGGAGGAAGAGGGGCACCUUACUUCUCAGAAUGACAGCCAGCCUAACUCAGUAGCGGAAGAUGUUCAUUCUUCACCUUGA